ACUGCUCAUUGAGUACCUCCCCUUUAACUGCUACCACUUCUUCACACACGUUUGAACAACUAGUAGAACACAUAUUUUUUUUUCACCCUUUACAUGUAAUCACACCUUUCCUUAUUUUCUCACAAUUUGUCAAAUCAAGAACCAAAGGAAAAACAAAAAAAUCAGAAAGAAAAUGAGAAGUAAUUUGCAUCUCUUGAUCUUCUAUUUUCUGUCAUGUUAUCUAUCUCUCUCAAGUGGAACUCAAUUGCUUAUAGUGAACAACUGCAAAGAAAGCAUAUGGCCUGGAAUUCUUGGAACAGCAGGACAUGAGACACCAAGCAAUGGUGGAUUCCAUCUCAAAAUUGGUGAACAAGUUGUAAUUCAACUUCCUAACUUAUGGUCAGGAAGAAUAUGGGGUAGACAGGGUUGUUGUUUCGACGAAAAUGGUAAAGGGUCUUGUCAGACAGGGGAUUGUUCCGGCCUCCUGCAUUGUUCAGGGGCCGCAGGAAUCCCCCCAGCAACGCUCGUCGAAAUGACAUUAGGAACUUCAAACAAUCCAACACAUUACUAUGAUGUAAGUUUAGUUGAUGGAUUCAAUAUUCCUGUUUCAAUGAUACCGAUUCACGGUAGCACUGGCUGUGGAGUUGCUGCCUGUGAAGCUGAUUUGAAUCCAUGUUGUCCUGAAUACUUGGCUGUUAAGUAUCAAGGCAAAGUUGUGGGGUGUAAAAGUGCUUGUCUUGCUACAAAUUCACCAAAAUACUGCUGCACAGGGGAAUAUGCUAACAAGAACACUUGCAAACCAACUGCGUUUUCGCGCUUGUUUAAGACUAUUUGCCCUAGGGCUUAUAGCUAUGCUUAUGAUGAAUCUACUGGACUUAAGAGUUGUAAGGCGCCGCGUUAUCUCAUUACCUUUUGCCCUCCUACUUGACUGAACCAUCAUUUCUACAUUCGCGAUAAGAAAAUGGACCUUGGUGUAAUAUGUAUGUAAUAUGUUACAAGUGUUUCAUUCAAUGUAUGCAACUUUUUGUUUUCAUUUUCUGUGUAAGUUUAUGUAUUGAUCUGUUUAUUUAUGAACAAACUAUUUCUAUCAAA